CUUAAUAUGAAAUCUCUCUUUUUCUUAGUUUUCUUUGUUGGUAUUCUCUCCUUCUCUGAUGCCCUCAAAAACUUCUACGUUGGUGGCAAAGAUGGUUGGGUUUUGCAGCCUAAAGAGAAAUACAAUGACUGGGCUGGUAGACAAAGGUUCCAAGUCAAUGACACUCUUAGUUUCAAAUAUGAGAAAGGAUCAGACUCGGUUUUGUUGGUUCACAAAGAUGAUUAUUACAAGUGCAAUAGAAAGAACCCUGUAAAGAAAAUGACGAGCGGAAGUUCUGAGUUUCAGUCACACUAAAAUCCUUUUUUUUCAUAAGUUGGCGAAGAGGGAUUCAUAUGCCAGAAAGGUCAAAACUGAUCAUGGUUUUUGACUGAGAGUAGAAAACCCCAUCUACUCAAUCACCUAAAGCAGUUCCUCAACUUGUCCAUGUUCCAAGUAGACCAAGCCCCAGCAAUAAUCUCCUUUCUCUCUCCAGGGCCUGCUUACUCUCCCAAGCAUCGUGGCCCUGUUGUAGAACCUCCCAAAGCAUCAACUCCAGGACCAGCAUACUCUCCCAAGCAUCAUGGUCCUGUUGCAAAACCUCCCACAACAUCAUCUCCAGUACCUGCCUUGCCUCCUACAUCUUUUUCCCCUGUUUCUGAAUCUCCUACAGAAUCAUCUCCAGUACCUGCUUUGGCUCCAAUAUCUCUUUCUCCUGUUUCUGAAUCUCCUAAAGAAUCGUAUCUAUCACCAGUACCAUCUCCAGGACCAGCACUCUCUCCCACGCGUCAUGGCCCUGUUGCAAAUCCUCCUCAAGUAUCAUCUCCAACACCGGCACCAUCUACACAUCAUUCUCCAUAUUCAGGACCAUCACUGUCUCCACAGGCUUAUGGCCCUAUUGCAUAUCCUCCUAAAGCAACAUCCCCAACAUCAUCUACGUCCCCCAACAUUUCACCAUCACCCAAAGCUUCAACUCCAUCUUAUUCAGCUAGCCCUGUUGAGGCACCAACGACUACAGUUUCAAGCCCACCACCUCCACCACAGGCUAUUUCUCCUUCUGCUUCUCCUUCUCUAUCACCAAAAGGUUCUCCUGUCCCAUCUGGAAGGCAAACAGGCACUCCGGCAUCGGCGCCUUCCAAUUCAUCUGCCACUGCAACUUAUUCAAGUGUGACGGUGUUAGCAGCUAGCGUCUUGUUGAGUAUGCUACUUGGCAGCUUUGUGGGUGUUUUUUAGAAAUAUUGAAUAAUUUAGUGGAGAGGUUUGGAAAUUAAUAUUUUGAUAUUGGAAUUCUUAUAUUUAUUUUUUUAGUCAUUAUAAUUCCAUAUUUCAGAUGAGUUACUUUUUUUUCAAAUUAAUGUUAUGAUGUAUAACGAACAUAUAUGAGAUUGAACUUUUUUAUAUUUUCUUUAUAAUAUAUUCCAAUCUUGCUUCUCGUUUUUUACAAUUU